GGUCUCGAAAUAGAGAUGGAGCAUGGAACGAUGAAACGACAUAGAGACUUAAUUUUUGCAAAAGUCCAUGCACCGGACUCAUUAAUACGACAAUACGCAGAAAUUUUCAGUAUUCAAAGACAUUUGAAAGACAGUCAUGUUGAUUUCAUAAACGCUGAGAAUUCGUUCAUGAAAUAUUUUAAAAUGAUAAUGCCUUUCUUUUUUAACAGACGCGAAAGAGAAUGGAUCAAGUUGGUGCGAAACCAAUAUCCGAAUCCAAAAAACUAUUCUACUUUAGAACGAAGCCAAAUUGUAUACAGGAUAUUUCUUGCUUUGCCUUUCGGGAAUAAUGAGAACUAUGUAGGUUUGGAGAGAUUAUUAAAACGUAAUUUGAUCAUCGACGCAUAUGCUCUACAUGAUGGACCAUAUUUUUUUUUACCGAAACAAGACGUUGCGAAUGUAGUAAACGUAAGACAGAUCUUAUACACAAAUUGGAUAGGAGCUGAUGCUCUACUGAAGGCACAACCUCUUAGCCUACUCCAAGAAUAUUUCGGCGAAAAAAUAGCGUUUUAUUUCGCCUUUUGCGAAUUGUUUAAUCAUUUCCUGCUCUUAAGCUGCGGAGCUGGUAUUGUAAUGAUUUAUGAAGCAUUCAAGGAGUUAAAUUUGAGGACUGCACUGUACAAAAGACGGGGCGUCGAGAAUACGUUUUGUCUGAAUGUCGGAAGUUAUAAGAAUUCGUAUAUGUGUCCGAAUUGUCGUGAUUUUGACAUAUGUCCAUUUACUAGAGUGACUGAUCAUUGCAAAGAAGUUACAUUGGGCUUCAUGUUAGAAUCUCCGUAUAUGAUUUAUUAUUAUAUUUUCAUUAUGAUUUGGGGAAUAAUUUUUAUUUUUGUGUGGAAAAGGAGAGAGCACUAUCUAUCAUGGUUGUGGGAAAGUGACUGUGGUAGUACAAGUAUAUUAAGACCCGACCAUAAAGCUAACUUCAAGACCAUCAAGAGAUCAAAAGUGACAGGAAUAUUGAAAAAUUACGACAGUGUGUUUACAAAGAUAUUCAAUAUUAUAAAAUCUUUAGCUGUGGUUUUUGCGCUCCUUGCUGUAAUUUUCCCGAUGACUUUAUACUGGGCCAAUUUACAAUUUCGGAUCAUACACAAAGUGAAAGCAGAAAUUAAAGAUCCUAAUUAUGCGCAUUUUGCUGGUCUUGCAAUAUUUUCUUUGAUCUACGUUUUCGUUAAUAUGUUUUUUGAAAAGAUUAUGGAAAAGCUGUCAUAUGUAAUCGUUUCAUUUGAGAAUCAUAAAACGCAAGACAGUUACGAAAAAUCUUUGAUUGAAAAGCAAUUUGGAUCGACGUUCGCUUUUAAUUUUUCGUAUUUCAUCUUUCUUGGUUUUGUUAAAGGAAGAUUUUACACGUUUCCGUAUGAUAUCGAGAUGUGGAAUUCGAUUGCGGGCGUCGGUGUUAUGAAUUGCGGUGUGUUUACUUGCGUUAACGAAAUGUGCGUGUUGCUUAUCGUCAAUGUGUUGUUCAAGAGCAUCGUCUUUAGUGGUCUCUCGUCUUUAUUUAGGUGUAGGACGGACUACAAUAAAACUAGAACAACCAAUGCUAAUGUACCAUGCUGGGAAAGAGAAUACAUAUUAAACAACAUUGGCGAACAGUUUUACAUUAACCAAUUUAAGGAUCUUGCUAUUCAAUUUGCCAUGAGUGUACUAUUUGUUGGUGCUUUUCCUCUUGCCUCAAUUAUAAUUUUAAUUGGAAACGUGCUGAAAAUGAGAUAUAAUUCGUGGUACUUUCUGUUGGGAAGCCGACGCCCGUUAUUACACGACAGUUUGGGAAUAGUUAACUGGCGGAAUAUUAUAACAGCGAUUGCUUUCGCGUCUGUUAUUUCUAAUGUUCUUAUGAUGGUGCUGAACACGAGAACGGCUCAAGCGGAAUUUUACGAAUGGUUCGGUUAUCAAUACAAUACUGAUUGGGUUUCGUUUCAUUCAACACUGUUCGACGUGUCGGAUUUCACUAAGAAUGCGAUCGUGGCUAAGGCCUACAAAAAAUAUAAAGGUUUUAAACCAAAAAAAUGUAUUUUUCCCGGACGAAAACAAAUGUACAAAGGGAAGAUGACACCUUUGAUAUACGAAAGUAGAUCUAAAAAUACUGUGAUGCAAAAGCUGAUUUUGUUUCAGCAUAUCGCCAUUAUAUUGGUGUCGGCAAUAGUUUUCGUCAUCAACAGAGAUUCUAAAGCAGUCACCGAAACUGUGGCCAUUGAAAAAAGAAUCAAAGAGCAGUGCUAUAUUCGACAAAUCAAAAAGGAACCAAAUCAAACAAUUUGA